AGUAACCACAAUAAUUCAUCACCCUCCGAUUAGAGUAAUAAACCUGACACGGCCACAUGCUUACGCUAACCUUUCCUCAUUCUUCCACCAUAACUAUCGUCUCCUACCUCUGCCAUCUGCCAACUUCUCAGCUUCCUCCGUUCUCUUUCUCUGCUCUCCAUCACUCCCUCAAUCCUCUGAUCAUCCAACAAAAAACAAAAUCAUGGGUGAUGACGGGUCUCCUUCUGUCCUCAGACACAACAUCAUCGAGCUUGAGCUCAAGUUAGAAGAGGAAAAGGAUAGAUACAGAGAUCUCAAGUCUCAUUUGAAGCUCUCAAAGCUUGCUGCAAGCCAAGAAAUUGACAAUCAAAGGAGGGUGUGUCUCAUGCAAAGAGAAGUCAUGGCUCGGCUACAGGAAGACAACAAAACUCUAAGAGAAAGAGAGGCCCGGGAUCAAGAAACCCUAAAGUGCCUGUUGGAAGAAAUGGCGAAGAAAGACAGAGAUUUCAGAGAGAAGCUUUUGGAGUUUGAAUGCGGGGAGAAGAGGGCACAAUGUGAGGUUCUUGAGUGGAAGAGUAAGUAUUGUGAGCUCGAAGCUCGGGUGUCGAGGCUCAUAGGUGAGACAGUUGCAGGUUUUGAGAGGAAAGAGAGGGAGAUUCAAGAGAAAAUUUUCGAGCUUGCGGAGGAGAAUAGGAACCUCAAGAUUCGGGCGUCGAUGGUUUCAGAAGGAAAUUGCUAUUAUGAUUUCAAGGGAAAAGAGAUUAAUGUAGAGGAAAAUCCCCGUGAUCCCAUAGAGAAGGAAAAGGAGCGCACAAGUGAAAUUGAUGAGGAAGAUGAAGAUGAGGUUCCUCUUAGCCAUCUAAUCAAGAAGAGACUCGCAGAUGCUUCUCAUUCUUCAAAAGAAUUCUUUGCUUCCCAGAAACCAAGUGAACCUGGAAGGAAUGGAGGAAAGAGAGUCCCUUCUGGAGGGGAAGAUGUGCAUACUCCAUUAGAGUCCGCAAUCAAACAACAACAGGAAAGUAAUAUAGUCUCCAAUUCGAGGAAAACGCUUAAAUUGACAGAUCUGAGUUCCUCAGCAUCAGCAAGAAAUCCAGGGUCUACUGGCUUCAAUGGCGUAUGCCAUCUAUCCUUUUUUUCCCCUCAACUCAAGAGAAAGUGGGUUCAGUUUUGGAGCUGUGCGGUCGACCGCAGUGCAAGGCCGGUUGACCGCAAUCGUGCACGGAUCCAGGAUUUGUGCCUGGACUUGGCGCGAUCGACCGCGAGACCCUGUAAUGCAUUUUUGGGCUCUGUCGUUUGUCACGGUCGACCGUGGCGGUCGACUGCGUAUCAGGUUCGGAUUCAUAUCAGGAAAGCAGUGUUUUGAGGAAGUUGUACUCAUUAGAG